UAAUAAUCUCCCAAAAUGGAUUCUGAACAACAGCCCCAGAACCCUCCUGCAGACCCUAAAAAUGCUAAAGACAUGGAAGAAGACAAAGAUGCUGACGCCGAUAAUGAAGAAGAUCUUGAGGUUAAUCUUGACAUCACAAUAGAAGAGAUUGUAGAUAAUCUUCAAGAAAACUACCCAGAUCCUAUUGAGAAUUACGAGAAGGUCUUCCACCAAGCCUUCAUUGACGAGGAAGAACAGAAACGUAUUGAUGCAAACGAAGAGAAUAAGGAACCAAACGAAGCAGAAACCUUUGCAGCUGAGCUAGGCAUCGAGGAAGAACUAGAGAAGCAGAGGAAGAGAAAGAAGCUGUAUUUUAAGAGAAAUUUUGAAAAUGGCAAGAUUAUUAUUGUCAGAGGAGCUCCAAGCAGCGAAGACCAGGACUUCAAUGAGCUGGAACUAAUGACGACUGCAGCUGAGCUCAGAGAGUUUACUCUUCGAUCAGUCGGCGUGCACGGCGACAUGGCCUCAGUUGCAGGUGGUGAUGGACCAGACCUUCUAACUCUGCAAGAUGAAAUCAUCAGACUGUACAAGGAUUAUAAGGACUUUAUCGACCGCAUUAGGAAAAUUGAUCCAACAGUUAAUCAAGAUGCCCCUAGAGCAGAUGAAGAUGCAAAAGAUGACGGUCAAAAGGUAAUCACUUUUGAAGAUAUUGUCAAACAAGAUGGCUCGUUUUUCCAGGAACAUAAGGAAUCUAUGAAACAGAAUGAAGAUGUAUUCUGUAAAGCCUUAUGAAAAAUCACAUCGAAGAAUAAAGACCAGCUGAAAGCUGCUUUUGAGAAGAAGAAAGAGUGUGAAGAUGAAGAUACCCAAAAUUAUCUCAAAAUUCAUGCUGCAUUGACCUGCACUUUCGAAAAACAUAAAGAGGUUUAUAACCAGCUGAUUGAGAACGAAGAUGUGCAACAAGAAGAUAUCGUCAGGAUAAACUACAAACAGACUCUUAGAGAUCAGACUCUCAGUGAAGCAAAAGCUGUUGGAGGCAAGAUAGACGAAUAUGAGGAAGAACUUAAAAGAAAAGAGAAGGAUUAUGAAGAGAAGCAGAGCAAAUUAGACGCUAUUAAGGAUAAUGUCAUCCAGACUGUCCACAGCUUGAAGAACAAGACUGUUCAAAUUGUUCGAAUCCUAGAUCCACAUUACAAGUACGACCCUGAUACGGAUAUGGUUCCAAUGAAUCUGAAGGACUUCAUGGAGAAUGAAGUUAUCAAGAAAAACCGUGACCUUCACAAUCUUUACGGCAGGAAACUUACUAUCGAUACUUACACAAAAUUAAUCGAAAAGCUAGGACUAGAUCAAACGGAUGACAAUGGAUUAGUACACUUCUAUUCCAAAUACCGUGUUGUUAACGGAGAAGAGGAACAUAAGAGACCAGAAGGAGGGUCAGACAGAUUCAUCCUCAAGAUCGGUGGAAACAGUGUAGAAUGGAUCCAACUCCUCUACAUGAUCUCUCAAGCUGCCAGCUGUUCUAAACAUGUUGAAAUUGAAGGAUUUAGGGCUAUCAAGAUUGGAGUCAUGGAAGAAAACGCUUUGAACCACGAUCCCAAGUUCCUGAUUGGCAACUUCCAGAAGGAUGUCAUUGAUCUUAUCAGAGGUGGUAAAGUCAAGAAAUGCAGAGAUUAAGGCUAG